CACGUGGCCCCGCCUCCGCCCGGCGAACGGAAAUGACGCAAUCCCCGCGCGCCGCCAGGAUGGCUGGGGCAUGGCGGCGGGCACAGGCUACGUUCGGCUGUGGGGCGCAGCGCGGUGUUGGACACUGCGGCGGCCACUCCUGGCCGCCUUGGGGGGACGAACCCCAACUGUGGCCCAGUCCUGGCUGGCCAGGGGUCGGCGGGCCUGUGACGCCUCGCUACCGUGGACUCUGUGGGGUCGAGGCCCCUCGGCCAUUGGUCAAUGGAGGGGACUUUGGGAAGCGAGUAACCGCGGUGGCAGCGGCGCAUUUUCGGGCAAUGAAGACGCCGCCGAAGGCGGCGCGGAGGAUGGGACCGGGAGCUCUGGGGGCAGCGCGGGCGGCGGGGAGGGCCCGGUCAUAACGGCGCUCACACCUAUGAUGAUCCCGGACGUAUUCCCACACCUGCCGCUCAUCGCCGUCACCCGCAAUCCGGUGUUCCCGCGCUUUAUCAAGAUUAUCGAGGUUAAAAAUAAGAAGUUGGUUGAGCUGCUAAGAAGGAAAGUUCGUCUUGCCCAGCCCUAUGCCGGUGUCUUUCUAAAGAGAGAUGACAACAAUGAGUCUGACGUGGUUGAGAGCUUGGAUGAGAUCUACCACACGGGGACAUUUGUCCAGAUCCACGAGAUGCAGGACCUUGGGGACAAGCUGCGCAUGAUCGUCAUGGGGCACAGAAGGAUUCACAUCAGCAGACAGCUGGAGGUGGAGCCCGAGGAGCCAGAGGCAGAGAACAAGCAAAAGUCUCGGCGGAAGUCCAAGCGGGGCAAGAAGGAGGCAGAGGACGACUUGGCCACCAAGAGCCAGGUGGAGUUGGUGAUGGAGCCUGACCUGGGUGCCCCCCACGAGGUGCUCAUGGUUGAAGUGGAGAAUGUUGCCCACGAGGACUUUCAGGUCACCGAAGAAGUGAAAGCACUGACGGCCGAGAUCGUGAAGACCAUCCGUGACAUCAUCGCAUUGAACCCUCUUUACAGGGAAUCGGUGUUACAGAUGAUGCAGGCCGGGCAGCGCGUGGUGGACAACCCCAUCUAUCUGAGCGACAUGGGCGCCGCACUGACCGGGGCCGAGUCCCACGAGCUACAGGAUGUCCUGGAAGAGACCAACAUACCCAAGCGGCUAUACAAGGCCCUGUCUCUCCUCAAGAAGGAGUUUGAGCUGAGCAAGCUGCAGCAGCGCCUGGGCCGGGAGGUGGAGGAGAAGAUCAAGCAGACACACCGGAAGUACCUCCUUCAGGAGCAGUUGAAGAUCAUCAAGAAGGAGCUGGGCCUGGAGAAGGAGGACAAGGACGCCAUCGAGGAGAAGUUCCGUGAGCGCCUAAAGGAGCUGGUGGUCCCCAAGCACGUCAUGGACGUGGUGGACGAAGAGCUGAGCAAGCUGGGCCUGCUGGACAACCACUCCUCUGAAUUCAACGUCACCCGUAACUACCUGGACUGGCUGACGUCGAUCCCGUGGGGCAAGUACAGCGAUGAGAACCUGGACCUGGCGCGGGCCCAGGCGGUGCUGGAGGAGGACCACUACGGCAUGGAGGACGUCAAGAAGCGCAUCCUGGAGUUCAUUGCAGUCAGCCAGCUCCGAGGCUCCACCCAGGGCAAGAUCCUCUGCUUCUAUGGCCCCCCAGGUGUGGGCAAGACCAGCAUCGCCCGCUCCAUCGCUCGCGCCCUGAACCGCGAAUACUUCCGUUUUAGUGUCGGUGGUAUGACUGACGUGGCCGAGAUCAAGGGGCACAGACGCACAUACGUGGGAGCCAUGCCCGGAAAGAUCAUCCAGUGCCUGAAGAAGACCAAAACCGAGAACCCCCUGAUCCUCAUUGACGAGGUGGACAAGAUCGGCCGGGGUUACCAGGGUGACCCCUCGUCAGCGCUGCUCGAGCUGUUGGACCCAGAGCAGAAUGCCAACUUCCUGGACCACUACCUGGAUGUGCCCGUGGACUUGUCCAAGGUGCUGUUCAUCUGCACAGCCAACAUCACUGAGACCAUCCCCGAGCCGUUGCGGGACCGCAUGGAGAUGAUCAAUGUGUCCGGCUACGUGGCCCAGGAGAAGCUGGCCAUCGCAGAGCGGUAUCUGGUGCCCCAGGCCCGGGCCCUGUGUGGCCUGGAUGAAAGUAAGGCCAAGCUGUCCUCAGACGUACUGACGCUGCUCAUCAAGCAGUACUGCCGGGAGAGCGGUGUUCGCAACCUGCAGAAGCAGGUGGAGAAGGUGUUGCGGAAGUCUGCCUACAAGAUCGUCAGUGGCGAAGUUGAGUCUGUGGAGGUGACACCCGAGAACCUGCAGGACUUUGUGGGGAAGCCUGUCUUCACAGUGGAGCGCAUGUACGACAUCACACCCCCGGGCGUGGUCAUGGGACUGGCCUGGACUGCCAUGGGAGGCUCCACACUCUUUGUUGAGACAUCCCCAAGGAGGCCCCGGGACAAGGACGCCAAGGGGGACAAGGACGGGAGCCUGGAGGUGACAGGCCAGCUGGGGGAGGUGAUGAAGGAGAGUGCCCGCAUAGCCUACACCUUUGCCAGGGCCUUCCUGAUGCAGCGGGACCCUGCCAAUGACUACCUGGUGACCUCACACAUCCACCUGCAUGUGCCCGAGGGUGCCACACCCAAGGACGGCCCAAGCGCUGGCUGCACCAUCGUCACGGCCCUGCUGUCCCUGGCCCUGGACCGGCCGGUGCGGCAGAAUCUGGCCAUGACCGGGGAGCUCUCCCUGACGGGCAAGAUCCUGCCUGUGGGUGGCAUCAAGGAGAAGACCAUCGCGGCCAAGCGUGCUGGCGUGACGUGCGUAGUGCUGCCAGCCGAGAACAAGAAGGACUUCUAUGACCUAGCGGCCUUCAUCACCGAAGGCCUGGAGGUGCACUUCGUGGAACACUACCACGAGGUCUUUGAUAUUGCCUUCCCUGGGGAGGAGGCCUCACAGGCCCUGGCUGUGGAGCGGUGACGGACCCAGGCCCGCUGGACUGGA